UGGGUGUGUCGGUAUAGCACAGCAGACAGGCUGCAGAUCAGGGCUCCGAUGCUCUCGAAAUAAGGAAUUUCACACUCAAAUCAGUCGUCUGGAAUAGCUUACUAAUCCUGUGUUUUAUGCAUUGUGUUUUGCUCAAGUGACCACUUUAAACUGAAACACAUUCUCCAUGAGUUCCACAAGAGUCCUUCAUAUCCUCAGUCCCCCAAUGCCGGGUCCAGUAAUGCCUGUGGAUGUGGCUGUGCAGCUGUACAUCACCCAUUCACCCCCACUGCGUAACUUCCUGAGCUCAUAUGAAGACUAUAGGACACGCAAUCUGGUCAACAACUGCUGCAAACCCCUGCGGCCCUGCUUGAGCUCCAGAGCCCAACUGGAGCACUCCUGCCGGGGCUGGCAAAACCCAAAAUCCAAGACCAAAAAGAAGGUGGUGUUUGCAGACUCAAAGGGUAUGUCAUUAACAGCGGUGCACGUCUUCUCAACUUUCGAUAACAAAGAAACCGCUAAAUCUGAACUACAGUUUGACCUGGAAGACUUGGAAGAAAUCCAAAACACGCUCCAUAUCAAUUCAGUCCAGAGCAGGAUUCUGGAUUUUCCGCAGCCAGCAGCAGACUACCUGGAUUUCCGUAGUCACCUGCUGAAGAACUUGGUUUGUUUGGAGAACUGUACCCUACAAGAGCGAGCCCUCACCGGCACUAUCAAAGUGCGUAACCUGGCCUAUGAGAAGUCCGUUCAUGUGCGCAUCACUUUCGACAGCUGGAAGAGCUUUGAGGACAUUGAAUGUACAUUUAUGAAUAAUGUGUACGGUUGUCAGGACACAGACACAUUUUCAUUCGCAAUUGAAUUGCCUGGGUAUGUACCCCCUCAGAAUAAGGUCGAAUUUUGCAUUAGCUACAGGACUGGAGAGCAGAUCUACUGGGACAACAACGAUGGUAAAAACUAUGGACUGAUUUCAACAUCUUGGCAACAGAACAAUAAAUUGAAUUCCUCAACCCAGACGAAGAAGCCAGGGGAAUCCAGGAUGAAGAGCAGCAAGAAAACACAAGAGAGGGACGUUUGUAAAUGUAAAAGUUCACUACAAUCCAAUGCCAUUUUUCCAAAUUGGCAGAGUUGGGGUCACAUUGCAACCACCGGUCCCUACUGGUGACCUGAGCUGACAUCUAUACAAAUAAACUGAAAGGUUUUAGCAACGGUGAUGAUUAACUUUCAUUGAAAAGCUCUUAAUAUGAUUUAUCUGCUGAUUACUUUGCAAGUAGUCCCAGAUCAGCUGUCUAUUAGCAGUUUAAUGAGGGAACAGUGGCUGGUUGAAAGGGUCACAGAGUGAAACUUGUUUCUUUCAGAUGGAACAUGUUGCUGCAAUUCGGUGGGUUAUAUUGUUUUGUUAAUGUAAGGUGUGUGAUGACUCUUUUCCUGAAGAGCUAGACAUGUCUGUAAACGGAGACCACUAGGGGGUCUGGAAUAAACACUAUAUAGGAAUGUGCGCUAUGACUAUUGCUGUAAAACAACUGCUGUUGUGUCCAACAUCUGCAGAAUCUGCACCAUGCAAAAAUGUAAUCAAGUCUGAUCAUUUGAAGCAGUCGUAUAUCUAAAGUCUGUUUCAUGCUUGCCAAUUUCAGACGAUUUCAACCUGAAUAUUUUAUCAUGGAAGAGACGAACAGUUGGGGUGUAAUCAGUGAGAUUAUCCUUCAUAUUGAAGGAGUAUCUGAUUAAUAAUGUUUAAAACUAAAAAAGAGACAGAAAUAAUAGUAUUUAUCAUAUUUAAUACAUAUUCCUCUUUGAGGAAAGAAAAAUCAGCCGUGAAAUUCAAGUUGGUUUAGAUCAUUUUGUUUAUCAAGCUUUUUACCUGCAAGAUGUGCUUUAUGUUUAGGAUUUUACUUUUUUAUUUCCAUUUGUGUUGGAUGUUUUAGAAGGUUAAUGUGCUGAAUUGAAUGCAAAUUAAUGCAAUAAGCUAAACAAAUGGCCUGAUAAUGGCUUCUGUGCAUUAGGAUCUGCUGAGCAAAUGUCAGUACCUUUCGUUUUAAGUGCAAUCCAGUGAAUCCGAGUGGAAUUGGUUGUGAUGUUAUGUUUGAAUCAGAUGGAAUGGAUGUAUUUUAUUAAAGAAAGAAUCUAUGUCUUGGUAAAAGAAUGUGUAUUUGGUUUGAUUUUUCCUAAAUAAAAUCUGAAAAGUUCA